GAUGUCAUGUCUAAAUUAUUUGAUUCGAAUUAAUCAAUCGAUUUCGUUUGUACGGACGAAGAUAGUUCACUGAGUGUUUGGAGUAUAACUUUAGUACUUGUUCAAAGCAAAGCAUGGAUGUCAGCCAUCUUCAGUGCACUAUCAAUAUGGAAAAACUCAAUGAGCAAGGUAUUGUUCGACAACGAUCUACUUACAAAAGAUGUACCAUUGUGCUUGGACGUGAUCAAUUUCGUGACAUUCUCUUAAGAAUUAUUGUCAAAGAUCAAAUAGCUCACAGUUUUAAUUUAAAAGAAAUCAUUUUAUAUCGACGUUUUUUAAAAGAAGGCAAGGCAACCAUUAAGCUUUUAACACAAAGCAUUCUUAUCAUGUUGUCGAAUUGUCCUCCUGAUAGACUCAGUGCCUUUCUUGCCUGUUUGAAGGUCAAACAUGCCAUAAAAUAUAACGAAGGUUUAACUUGUGAUCGAAAGCGCCUUCGCAGUGAUAUUCCGAAAUGCUUUGAUAAUAUUAGUCCUCUCGUGGAAAAUGACUUGAAAAAAGCGAAGGAAAACAUUCCCCUACAAUCAUUGCAUGAUAAAACUCCCAAACGAAAACGCUUCGAAGGACCAAACGAUAUUAAUCCUCGUAAGCUUAUGGUUGUAUCCAACAACGCCAUCAGUCAGCCAAAAUCUAAUAUGAAGCUAAAUAAAUCACAAUUAAAUGCACUAAAUGCAGUAAAAUGUGGUCAAAAUGUUUUCAUUACUGGCAGUGGUGGCACUGGAAAAUCAUUCUUGUUAAAGAAAAUUAUUGGUUUAUUACCACCUCAUGAUACAUUUAUAACAGCAAGUACUGGUGUAGCUGCAUGUCAAAUUGGGGGUAUGACAUUGCAUUCCUUUGCAGGUAUUGGAAGUGGAUCAAGUUCACUUGAGAAAUGCAUUACUAUGGCAUCUAGGCAUCUCCCAUCUGUUCAGUGGAAGAACUGCCAACAUUUGAUCAUUGAUGAAAUAUCAAUGAUUGAUUCAGUUCUAUUUGAUAAGAUUGAAGCAAUUGCUCGUGCAAUUCGAAAGAAUGAAAAACCUUUUGGAGGAAUUCAACUUAUUAUCUGUGGAGAUUUUCUUCAACUGCCACCUAUUAUGAAAAAGAAUGAAACAAAAAAGUUUUGUUUUCAGGCAGAAAGUUGGUCAUUAUGUGUACAUAAAACAAUUGAGUUGACUGAAGUAAAAAGACAAUCUGAUCCUCUCUUUGUUAACAUUCUCAACAAUAUUCGAGUUGGCAGAUGCCCUGAUAACGUAGUAGAAAAACUAAACGAAACAAAAGAAAAUAAGAUUGAUGCCGAUGGUAUAUUAGCAACAAGACUUUGCACUCAUAAAGAGAACGUUGAUCAGAUAAAUAAAGUUCAACUGGAAAGCCUGCCGGGGAAAAUUAUGUCAUUUCAAGCCAUAGACAGUGAUCAAAUGUUCACGAAAACCCUUGACUCUUGCUGUCCUGUCGGUGCAACUUUGGAAUUAAAGAUUGGUGCUCAGGUGCUGUUGACUAAAAAUUUAGACAUCGGUCAAGGUUUAGUAAAUGGUGCACGUGGCAUUGUGGCGAGCUUUUCAUCCGGGAAUACAGUCACUCCAGUCGUUAAGUUCUCGAACGGAUUGAAACGAGUAAUUAAAGCAGAAAAGUGGAUGAUUAAAACUGGAUCUUCUGGUCAAGUUACCCGUACACAGCUACCUUUACAGUUAGCCUGGGCUAUUUCUAUUCAUAAAAGUCAGGGAAUGACUCUUGAUUGUGUUGAAAUAUCUCUGUCGAGAGUUUUUGAAUGUGGGCAAGCUUAUGUUGCUUUGUCACGAGCUAAAACUCUCAGGGGUUUGCGUGUUUUAGACUUUAGUAAAGCUUGCAUAAAAGCUCAUCCUGAUGUUCUUAAUUAUUACGUUCGACUGCGACGGAGAACCAAUCUUCAGAAUAGUUUGUAAGAUAAGUAAGUGUAAAGAAACCGAGUUAUAGCUAGUAGUGUUCCCCUAGCCACGAUGGAAGAGAGAAACAGAUUGUGUAAAUAUUAUGUUUAAUAAAACUCCAAAAAUAUAAUUUAUAUAAAUUUACAUAAUAAUGACGGUAGUUGAUGAGCUGUACUUUUUUAUCAAACGAGCGAAGAUGAAAUAAAGACUUUCGUCGGAUUAUAGAA